UGGCAUCUGGAAGAGGGAUUGUAGGCCAGACAGCCGGCCCCUGGGCCCUUGGGGGAGGAUGGUUCUCCAGGCCCUGGGAACACAUCUCCUCCAUGAGGUCGGGCUGAAUGUCCUCACAGCUUUGAGAACAGCUGUUCUCUAAGACACACGGCCGAGAGCGUGUGCAUGGUGGGAAUGGUGGUGGGUCAUGGUUGCUCUGGUCCCGGGUGGGGAAGUAAAUGCAUUGCCCUGCGAGAGUCAGAAAGCAUCUCUGCAGCAUCUGCUGUAAGUGCUGGGCUGCCCUUGCUGUGGGAGAGCUGCUGGGGCCACGCUGCAGGGCAGGCACAAUUUCUGCCCCUAACAGGCAGUCAAGGGUCUCCUAGGCCGUUGUCCGGUGGCCCUGGCUCCGCGGCAUCGCUGAACUCUGCGUGCCGUCAUACCUCUGCUACCCUCCUAACGUUGUGUGCCUACAGCUAAUCUCACCUUGCUCUUCUUGACUUCAAGCUAUGCUCACCAAAGGAAGUAUAAAAACAAGACUUUAUUCUAUAUGUAGAGAGCCUGGCCUGAAGCUAGAGUGAUGGAGGUUUGUUCCCAGGCCUCACCAACACCAGCCACCAAGGGCAAAGUGUUCUUAGGGCUCCAAGACACUGUCUUGGAAGAGCAGACCCUCACCUCACCUUUCAUGGCAAGAGAGGAAGGGGACGGGGUGCCAGGGGCCGCUGCAGCAGCUCUGGCCCGGAGCCCGCUCAGGAGCAGGACUCUGUUGCACACACGCUGGGCCAUAAAAGGUCCUUAGCAACCGACCACAGGCUCACGUAGUCAGCUGCGGCCCGGGCCCUUGAGCUUGUCCAUCAUGAACCUUUCAGUGGCUUCUCUAACCAUGACACAGAAUGUCUACCCCCUUCCCUGAUAGCUUUCUCCCUGGACAUUUUCCCAGGGUCUAGAUGACGUCUGUACUGGUGGUUUAAAAAUCAGCUUGAUUGUAAGUUCCCACAGCCGAGUCCACAGGGGAUCCAGUCUCCACCAGUAAAGGAGAGCGAAAAUCUCAAAUAAGCUAAUUGUUUCUGCAACCCCGCUUUUCUGCCCUUCCGGUUUCAUUUUUGUUAAACCAGAUGGUUUUCCUUAUGUCCAACAGGCAAAUCUGGUUCUCCUCCUGGAACAGUCAGUAGCAUGUUUUCCAAAAAUUAUGAUUCUAAAUUUCACGAGCAUCCUGUGGCAUGGUGGCUCCGGUUCUGCCGGGGUAUUUUAUGAGGCACUCCCUCCUUUCUACGGCUGAUCUCCGGUUCCCUACACUACACAUCCAACUUCUGGCUGCCAUGCCACCAGGGAACAGGGGCAGAAGGCUUUUGUUCGGGGUAUAACUUAGUUCUUCACCUCAAGGUCAAAAUCCUCAACUGCAGCCCUGAAAGGUAAUGCAAAUGUCCCAGACACAGAAGGUGCCCUGCUACCGUAAAUACGCAGUCACAAGGCAGUCGGAGGCUGGCAGUCCCAGGGGAGGAUGCUUACUUUCAGCAACGACUCUUUUCACUACGGUCAGUCCCCUAAGACCUGAACUAUGAACGAAAGCUUCCCCACUAAUUACUCAUGGGCUGGGUGGGGACGUGUUUGGAAACUAGUCAGGUGGGAAGUCCUGAGGUUUGAGGUAUGGGGUCUUAUUCCAGUAACCAGAUACCCAGGCCCCCUAGGCGGUUUCCUCUGACCAGACAAGAAGAAGACGGAGACCAUGAACUUAGAGCACAGCGUACUGCCUUCCAAGGCUGGAUCAGAGCUGGGGAGGUGGGAAAGCAGCAUGUCCCCUGAGGACCGAGGUCCCCCGUGUGACAUCACCAGUAGAGAGAGCUAACCAGGAGGAACUUCGCUCUCAUACCCCUGUGACAAAUUAGGUUUACUUUGACAUUCCUGCCAUUGACCGAAUGUUUGUGUCCCCACCCCCAGACUCCUGUGUUGAAACCGUAAUCCCAGGAGGAUGGUAGCUGGGGGUGGGGCCCUUGGGAACUAUAAGGUCAUGGAGGUGACGUCCUCAGGAUGGGAUUAGUGUCGUGAGAAAAGAGGCCGGAGAACUAGAAAGUGAAAAUACACAAGACGUCUGCCGUCUUCAGCCCGGAAGAGCGGCCUCACCAGAACCUGACUCUGCCCGCACCUCGAUCUGAGACUUUCAGCCUCCAGAACCCUGAGAAAUAAAUGUCUGUUGUAAAUGAGACACCCGGCAUACGGUGUUUUGUUACAGCAGCCCAUGCUGACUCAGAUACCCCACAGAAAAAAAGAGGACGUGGUGGCCCCACACUGGCUGACCCUCGAGGCUCCCUCCGUUGUCUUUGAAGGAGACAGCAUAGAUCUGAUGUGCCAGAAGAAAAAGGACUGGUGGAAAAUCCAGACCGUGGUGUAUUACAGGGAUGGAAAACAGCUACAGUUUCCAGACAAAGUCUCCAGCGUUUCUAUCCCUCGUGCAGCUCCGAGUGACAGUGGCCAGUACUCCUGUUCGGCUACCGCCAGAAAAUACUUCCUUCCGAGGUCAAAAUCUUCGAGAAGCGUCAGGAUUGAAGUACUAGAGCUGUUUCCACGCCCUGUGCUCACUGUCAGCUCCUACCGGCCCACCGAGGGGAGCCCCGUGACCCUGACCUGUGAGACCCGGCCUUCUCCACAGAGGUCAAACGUUCAGCUCCAAUUUUGCUUCUUCAGAGACGGCAAAGCCCUGGGGUCUGGCUGGAGCAGCUCCCCAGAGCUCCGGGUCCCUGCCAUGUGGACGGAGGACUCAGGGUCCUACUGGUGCCAGGCAGAGACAGCAGCUCUCACGGUCAGAAAACAGAGCCUCCAAUCCCAGAUUCACAUGCAGAGAGUGCCCGUCUCUAAUGUAAGCUUAGAGAUCUGGGCCCCCAGGGGCCCGGUGAUCGAAGGAGGGAGCCUGGUCCUCCUCUGCUCUGUGGCCAAAGGCACGGGAAACAUCACGUUCUCCUGGCACAGAGAGGCCACAAGAGCCAGUGUGGGAAGGAAGACCCAGCGUUCCCUGUCAGCGGAGCUGGAGGUCCCGGCUGUGCAGGAGGGCGAUGCUGGCCGCUAUUACUGCAGAGCUGACAACGGCCAUGACCCCGUCCAGAGCCGGCUGCUGAGCGUCCGUGUGAGAAGUCCAGUGUCCCACCCCGUCCUCACCCUCAGGGAGCUGGGGCCCCAGGCCAUGGUGGGGGACGUGGUGGAGCUUCACUGUGAGGCCCAGAGAGGCUCUCCCCCAAUCCUGUACCGGUUUUACCAUGAGAAUGUCACCCUGGUGAACAUUUCGGUCCCCUCUGGAGGAGGAGCGUCCUUCAACCUCUCUCUGACCGCAGAACAUUCUGGAAACUACUCCUGUGAGGCCGACAAUGGCCUGGGGGCCCAGCGCAGUGAGGUGGUACCACUCAACGUAACAGGGACCAUUGGCUGCAGAAGAGACCAUGUCACAGCCAGAGUUCUCGGGACGCUGUGUGGUGGCCUCGGUUUUAUAGCUGCUGCUCUGCUCUGUUAUUACGGGUCCCACAAGAUAGCAGGAGGACGCUCUGCCCCACAUGCACCCAGUUUGCUUUUUCUCAGAGACGCUUCCAGUGCAAACCCUCAAGAGUCCACCCAUGCCAGCUCACUCCCCGACAUAGAGGAGCUGCAGCCAGACUAUGUCAAUGUGGGCCCUAUAGAUGUGGUUUAUUCCCAGGUCUGGAGCAUUCAGCCACCAGAAGACUCAGCAAACACCAGAAGGAUGAUUCUGGAGAACAAGGACUCUCCUAUCAUCUACUCUGAUGUGAAGGAGACAUAACACUCGGAGACACUGGGGGGCAGAACCCCAACAAAGAUGGAACAGCACUAAGGGCUGAAAAAAAGUUUAUAAAAAAGCCAAACUUCACGACGUCUCACAGACAGAAUGUGCAGCAAGUGCUGAGAAGGCCAGCUGGGUCAUCGUUUUGGUUCUCAUCACAUUCUCUCCCAAUGUCUUCUUCCAUUUAGUCAAUAUUCACUGAGCCGCUCCUGAGUCCCAGAAGCUGUGUGGGAUGAUUAUCUUUGUUACGUUCUCUCUUUUUAAAAUUUUUAAUUUAAAUUCAAUUUAGUUAACAUAUAGAGUCUUACUAGUUUCAGAAGUAUAGUGAUUCAUCAGCUGCAUAGAACACCCGGCGCUCAUUACAUCAAGUGGCCUCCCUAAUGCCCAUCCCCCAGUCACGCCCUCCCCCCCCACCCUUCCUUCCAGCAGCCCUCCAUUUGUUCCUAGAGUUAAGAGUCUCUAUGGUUUGUCUCCCUCUCUGUUUUUAUCUUAUUUUAUUUUUCCUUCCCUUCCCCAUGUUCAUCUAUUUUGUUUCUUAAAUUCCACAUAUGAGUGAAAUCAUAUGGUAUUUGCUUCAAAGUUCGAAGAGUUGAGGAAGAACAAGGAGCACAAGAGACAAGCCUUCAUCUACAUCUGCUCUGAGGUGAUGUGAACAGAAUCCAUUUCUGGGGCUUCUCUUCAUCUUCCAAGCUUGGAAUUCAUUGCCUUUUGUCUCCACAGGCAGACAUCUCAAGUUUUCAAUAAAUCCUCUCUUGCUCUUGUGAGAACUUUAGGGUUGAGUUUGUGUGAAGGAACAGCAGCUUGAGCUGGCUUGCCAUAUUUGUCCAUUUUUGAAUGCUUGUUUUGUACAUUGACUCACAUUGAUUUAAAAGUAACAACUGUAUUUAUGUCUUCUUGAAAUGCUGAAUAUUUUACAUCCAUUGGUACAAUCAUGCAAGGAGUAAGAUCAUAACCUCUGGGAACCCCGUUUAGGGUGGGGUCCCAAUCCCAUCCCCCACUAAUUGUGUAGUCUUCAACAAACUACUUAACCUCCAGGUGCCUCAGUUUCUUCACCUUUAAAUGGGGGCAAACCAUUUGUUAAAUAUUCGUAAUUCACAUAGAACAACGUCUGGCAUUAAGUAGCACCAAAUAAGUUUUCAUUAAAUAAAAUAUGCAUGAUUAUCACUUAACCUCAAACUUAGUACAAAAAUGUUUAAAAAGUUGGGUAACGAGAAUCUCAAACAAAGUGACUAUCAAAUGCAAAUGCAACUAUCAGAUUUUUAACGCUUUGAUUAAUAUCUUCUAUAAUCCACUCCCUUGCUAAAGAUAGGUCCCCAAUGGGAAGGACAGAGUGACUGGGGCUUGGGUUUGGUCGUUAAUCUACAGAGAGAUAAUCUGGAAUAUUUUAGAAACUAUGCACAACAAAUUUGAUGUUUAUCAGAAAAAAAAUAAUUUAAAAUGGUUAUAAUUCUGAUGGCUAAGUAGCCAGUGGCCCCUCUCAUCCAUAGAGGCGGACCGUCUAAGAGCUGCCACGGAACGCUCCUCCUGUCCACACACUUCACAUGCACAAGUAUGACCCCAGUACUCUGCAGUCUGAGGGCUACCACCUGGACGUGACUGAAGUCACAAAACCCAUGAGUUUUAAUCUAUAAAAUACUGUAUCUUCACUGUAGAAAAUUUAGAAAUACAGACAGUGAAAGAGACUAUUAACUCACUCAUACUUUCAUCACUCUGAUAAUUGUUAUUAUUUCAGUAGCCAUCAGCCAGAGUAGUAUUUUCCAUGAAUGUGCUCUCGUGCUCAUAAAUAUGUGAUUUUAAAGGAAUAAUAACUGUAACCUGUUUUUAUUUCUUAAAAAAAUUUGAUGUUUUCAUGCCUUUAAAUGUUCAAAGAUCUUUGUAGUUUGCUUGGUAUGUUUGGAUACAUAGUAACUUGUUUUGUAAAUUACUUAUUGGGGGACCAUUAUCAUAUUGACAAUUACUCACCAUGA